AUGUACGAACUCCAACAGGUUAGCGCCACGACAUUGUCGCUCCCAGAGGACAAUUACAUUUACUCCAUUGCACCAUGUGCACCUGGUGCCCUGGCCGCUAUCUCAUCCGAUGAUUCACUACGUAUCUUCGAUGUGAAUCUUGAUCUGGGUACAUCGGUCAUUUCACCAAAAGCACACAAUGAAGGCGUUACCUGUUUGCGCAGCUAUUCUACCAGUGACUCACAGUUAGUCACUACCGGUGGACGAGACGGAAAGGCGAAGUUGUGGGAUAUUCGUGCUGGAAGUAUGGUUUUGGAAAUAGAGACAAACAAAAAUCUCCCUGUUCUUUCUGUUGCCUGCAACCCUCACACCAACACUAUUGUCACGGGUACAGAGCUUGUAUCGUCCCAAGCAGUCGUUGCUCUCUGGGAUAUCAGAUCAGCAAACGCGCCCCGUCUUCAAUACGUGGAGAGCCACAAUGACGACAUCACAGAGCUUCAAUAUCACCCGACUCAACAUAACAUCUUACUCUCCGGCAGCACAGAUGGUCUCGUGAACGUAUACGACACAACGAUAACCGACGAAGACGACGCGCUAGUCCAAGUAAUCAAUCACGGCUCCGUACAUCAUGCUGGAUUCCUAUCUGACAGUGCCAUCUACGCACUCAGUCACGAUGAGCAUUUCUCCGUGCACCCGGUUACGAAUCCCGAUUCUGCAGAGCAUGAAUCCGAGCCUGAGAUUGUGGAAUUCAAUGAUUUGCGUGAGCCGCUAGGCUGCGAGUAUGUUGUGCAGCUUUGCAUGGGCGCACAGGUACCUUUUAUUGCGGCUGGGAAUAAGUUUGACAAGCGACUCGAUCUUGUACCGCUGAUUUCCGGUCCAAACUGGCAAUUCGACCAGGAUAAUCUCUGGCGCUUACCAGGUGGCCACGGGGAAGAAGUCGUGCGUUCCGUAUAUCUGGAUGACAAGACCCAAUCUGUCUUCACCUGCGGCGAAGACGGAUAUGUACGAGCAUGGAAACCCAAUGGCGGAGAAUACCAGUCCCAAACCGGAUUCAAAUCUUCACGCCCAAAAGAGAGGAAACAGAAGGAUAGAUUCCGGCCGUACUAA